AUGGGCAAGUCAUCACCACAGCCAGGCUCACCAGUAAGGCGUUCCCCUCGAUUACAGAAAAUAGCUGAGAAUGCAGCCAGUAGAAGACGGCUGAGUGAAACACGGAGAACGUCUUUAGGUCCUAAAAAGAGUUGUCUGAAACAGGCUCCAGCCGAUAUCACGAUAACCAAUCUCACGACUAUAUUUCAAAACAAUGAUCCUCUUAUCGCUUAUGAUCCUAUGUUUGAUGAUCCAGGGACUAUUACGCGUCUAGAUUUUGAUGAUGCUGUCAGAGAAGUCGAGUCGAAAUCAAGACGGAAAUCACUUCGUAGAGUUAGCUUUGCGGAUACAGCGCACGUACGUCUGUUUGAGCAAGAGAAUGCAAACGAACCAGAUUUACACGACAUCACGAUUACUGCGCCUAUCGAUAUAAACCUUUUCAUGUCUAGUGGGGAUGCUCAUGAAACUGCGAUUACCGCUCCCGUUGAUACGAAUACUGUCGAGGGCGAGAGUGGUGUGCGUGAUCUUACGAUUAACCCGCCUGUUGAAAUAAGCAUUGUUGCGUGCGAGGGUAAGGCACGUGAACCCACGAUUACCGCGCCAGUUGAUAUGAACAUUAUCGAAUGCGAGGGUGAUUCGCGCGAUUAUACGAAUAUCACGCCAGUUGAUAUGAAUAUUGUCGAAUGCGAGGGUGGUCCGUGCGAUUAUACGAUUACCACACCAGUUGAUAUGAACAUUGUCGAAUGCGAGGGUGGUUCACGCGAUUAUACGAUUACCACACCAACCGAUAUGAACAUUGUCGAAUGCGAGGGUGGUUCGCGCGAACUCACGAUUACCACGCCAGCCGAUAUGAACAUUGUCGAAUGCGAGGGUGGCUCGCGCGAUUAUACUAUUACCGCACCAGCCGACAUGAGCAUUGUCGAAUGCGAGGGUGGUUCGCGCGAAUUCACGAAUACCGCGCCAGUUGAUAUGAAUAUUGUCGAAUGCGAGGGUGGUUCGCGCGAAUUUACAAUUAUCACGCCAGUUGAUAUGAACAUUGUCGAAUGCGAGGGUGGUUCGCGCGAUUAUACGAUUACCGCACCAGCGCCGUUUUUAAUAAGCGAAGAGAAACUAUUUCCGAAAAUGGGCUGUCAGUUACUCGAUAAAUCUAAUACGGAACUUCAAAACGCCAUUGAAAACACUAUGAAUGACACGGAAGUUCUCUCUCUUUUCAAUGAAAUAGUGUCUCUCCCACCACACACCCAACACAUUAUAAAACAAAGAUUGCGAUUAAUAAAAAGGCGAUGUGGCUUUAUUGCAAAGAAAGAUUGGUACGAGUGGAGAGAAUCCGGUAUUAAGAGUGUAAGGGAUCAACUGAACGAGUAUUUUGAAACGUUGAAAAAGGACAAGGAUAUGGUCACUCAAUUUAUACAAGAAUCAAAGGAUUUAUUACCAAAGUUGCGUCUUUAUUCUCAACAAUUGUCCUCAACAUUAUGUGAUACUAAAUCAAGAUAUGAGCAAAUCUUAAAUUGCGAUCAUGAACAACUCAAGAAUUUGGAAGAUGCAAUAGAAGAGCAAGAUGUCCAGAUUCGGAAGAGACAAAAAGACUUGGAUCAAGUGUGUGACGCUAUCACUAAUCAGAAACAAUUGAAUGAAAAGUCAAGGAAGGAGAUAGCAGAAAAGAAAGAGGCAUUGGCCGACGCGUAUAAGCUGAUUAAAGCGACGCGUCGUUAUACUAAGAAAGUACUUGAUGGCUUUUGUACCGAGUUGGGAGAGGUUAUUGAAAAGUCAAAAUGGAUGCCUCAUAAGAUGUCACCACAAGUUCUUGAUAUUAUUUACAACAAACAAUUACGACUUGUAGUCAAUUAUAAGCAAUCGCAAACCUGUAAUUUCGAUUUGUCUCUUGUGUCUCUUGACGGGAAUUCAAUGAAUAAGCAGUUUUAUGAUAUAGCGCUAUUCAGUCUUAAAUACCUCACAAAGUCAUAUACAUCCCCAGUAACCAAGGAACAGACUCCCGAACUAGUCCAAUUGGUAACCUCAUAUUGGGAAAAAGUAAAUUUACUAUAUGACGAGAUCUCCACCAUACGCAAGAAGUGUCCAAUUACAAUACAUUCAGGGGAGGCAAUAUCCGAGAGCAAAGGAAACUCGGUCGUGCUUCGCGUCACGGCCGAGUUUAUUAAUGCAGAAUUGCGAACGGACUUUUUUGUUGAUUUCAUUUUUAGGCCUGAUAGCAUUAUAGAAUAUCCUGCUAUGGAUGGCGUGUCAUGUGUGAUUAACGUAGACUAUGGAUUGGAUGAUGUGAGCCUGAUCUCGAGCAUUAUAAUGCAACGACUGUCGAGUGGUAAGAGGACAGGAUUAAUUAGAGACGCUUGCGCGGACGUAAUUACAACAUUAGAAACGCUAGCAAACUCUCACAGACCGAAAGAACAAUGUAUAUAA